AUGGACGUUGACAUGGACGUGGACGUGGACGUGGACAUGGACAUGGACGUGGACGUGGACAUGGACAUGGACGUGGACGUGGACGUGGACGUUGACGUGGACGUGGACGUGGACGUGGACGUGGACGUGGACAUGGACGUUGACGUGGACGAGAACGUGGACGUGGACGUGGACGUGGACAUGGACGUGGACAUGGACGUGGACGUGGACGUGGACAUGGACAUGGACGUGGACGUGGACCUGGACGUGGACGUGGACGUGGACGUGGACGUGGACGUGGACAUGGACGUGGACGUGGACGUGGACGUGGACAUCGAUUGUGGCAAACACGAUCGUGAUGGGCGGUCCAUGAUCCGAGUAACAAUGCUUCACAUUUUAUACCGGCAAAAAGAGCUGGAAUCUCAUCCCAAGCUAUCUGGGAUUGUGGCAAACACGAUCGUGCUGGGCGGUCCAUGA